AUGAGUAAACUUUACAAUGACUUGGUCGUGGGGGAGUUAACUUCAGCAGAUGCACUGGUGCUGCGUUUGGGAAUCAGAUGCAGCAGUUUUCAUUUGCAUAUCUCUGGAUUUAUAAACAGGCCCAAGAAGCUCCUAUCUCUGUCAGGCUGAAGGUUCAGGCUUAAAGAGGAGCUGGUUUUAGGGAUAAGAAUGAUCAAAAAGGCUCUGAUUGGGAUUCUGUGCAGCGCCGUCGUACUGGCCGUAGGCAUCCUAAUCGGUCACUAUGGUAUCAGCAGCGGCAGCUCGGCGCCGUCCUGGAUGCAGAACGUGACGAAGGAUGUGGAUGAAAGCUUCAUCGAGAAGUUCUUGUCUGAGGUGGACACCGUCCAUAUUCAGGAAAACCUGCGCGAGCUGACCGAUAUGCCCCACAUGGCCACCACAGCUGGAGAUGAGAAGACAGUGCAGGUGAUGCUGAAGAGAUGGCAGGACCCUGGCUACGGUCUGGACGACGCCUGGAGAGAGGAGUACGACGUGUACCUGUCCUUCCCCAAUGCCAACAAACCCAAUAAGGUCACUGUAGUGAACGCCGAAGCCGCCGUGCUGCACUCCAUCAGAGAGAAGGAGAAAGCUUACACCGACGACCAGAAGGAUCCCGACGUGGUCCAACCGUACGCCGCAUACUCGCCUCCAGGAAACGUGAAGGGACGACUGGUUUACGCCAAUCAGGGGAAACCGAGCGACUACGAACAUCUGAACCAGACGCUGGACCUCAGAGGAACCAUCGCCAUCACCAGAUAUGGAGGAGCAGGAAGGGGAGCUAAAGCCAUCAACGCGGCACCCUACGGCGUCGUCGGUGUGCUCGUCUACACCGACCCGCUGGACAUCAACGACGGCCUCAUGUCAGACGCCAGCGAGACGUAUCCUCACUCGUGGUACAUGCCGCCCUCUGGUGUGGAGAGAGGCUCCUUUAACAGAGACUUUGGAGACCUGCUCACGCCUUACCUGGCUGCCAAAGAGGACACCUACAGAAUCUCACCAGAGGACAUCACAGGGAUCCCCCCCAUUCCAACCCAACCAAUCGGAUUUGAGGAUGCCUACGUAUUAAUCUGUGCGCUGGGUGGAGACGCAGCUCCCAGUACGUGGCAGGGAGCCUUCAACUGUACCUACAAUGUGGGUGGUCCAGGGUUCAGCUCAGCGUCUGCCUUCAACAACAGUGAUGUGAAAAUGGACAUCUACAACUACGGAGAGGUGAAGAAAUCCGCCAACGUGAUGGGAGUUAUCAAAGGGAGCGUCGAGCCAGACAGGUAUGUGAUCUAUGGAAACCACAGGGACAGCUGGGUUCACGGCGCCAUCGACCCGAGCAGCGGGACGUCCGUCAUGCUGGAGCUGACCAGAGUUCUGGGCAGGAUGGUCAAAGAAGGCGUGUGGAGGCCUCGGAGGUCCAUCAUCUUUGGAAGCUGGGGAGCUGAGGAGUUUGGACUCAUUGGGUCUGCAGAAUACACAGAGCAAUACUUCGCCAAGCUCAGCGAACGCGCCAUCGCUUACAUAAACGUGGACAUAGCCGUCUUUGCCAACGCCACCCUCAGAGCUUCAGCCAUGCCGUCACUAGAGAGCGUUAUCUUCAAGGCUACCAAAGAGGUCAGCGCGCCCGGAGAGGCCUCCACGUCUGUGUACGACGCCUGGAUACGUCAUUCAAACAGGACCAGUCCCACCCACGGACUCAUUCCCAAGUUGGGAUACCUGACAGGAGCGGGGAGUGACUACGCUGCCUUUGUGCAUUACCUGGGAAUCAGCUCCAUCGACAUGUCGUACACAUACGACAGGAGUAAAACAAAUGCCCGGAUUUACCCCGCUUACCACACAGCCUACGACACUUUUGACUACGCUUCAAAAUACAUCGAUCCUGGGUUCGUCGGCCACCAAGCCGUCGCCAGGACGGCAGGAAACAUCCUGAUCCGAUUGGCCGACAGUCUGCUGUUGCCAUUUAACUGCAGCGACUACGCAGAGAUCCUGGAGGCCUACCUCAACACGGCAGUGAGCCUGUAUCAGCAGCAGCUACAAGCUCAUAAGAUCUCCAUCGAACCUCUGAAACGUGCAGUGGCCUUGUUCCGCACCAAUGCUGAGGACCUGGAAACGGUGAUUCGCAAUUCAGACCUGGUGAAUGAAACGCCGCUGAAGGUCCGACGGAUCAACGACCAGCUCAUGUUGCUGGAUCGAGCUUUCUUGGACCCUCUGGCCUUCCCGGAUAAAUAUGCUUUCAGGCACGUUAUCUGGACUUCAAGCAGCGCCGGCAAGGCAACUUUCCCGGGUCUGGCUGAUGCCUACGCCAAAGCCGAGUUAUCAGGAGAAGCCAGCGACUGGGCCAAAGUGCACUACCACCUGUCAGUGGUGAGCCAAGCCAUCGAGGGAGCCGCCAACACACUGGCAGAAGUUAUAUAGAGACGGAUCAGGAGCGAGGAACUUCAUCAACUCAGGAAAUAAGAGACAAUAAGCACUGAUGCGCCGUGAUGAGACUAUUUGUGUACGGUACUGCAGCACAUAAGGGGAAUGGCACAUCAAUAAAGAAAGAUUAUAAACAAGA